AUGGUUUCGUUUUCGUGCGAGGCGUGCGGCGACGUCUUGACCAAGAAGAAGCUCGACCCACAUCGCAGCCGCUGUCACGGCGCUACAUUCACUUGCAUCGAUUGCAUGGUCUACUUCCCAGGCGCCGAGUAUCGCUCGCACACGAGUUGCAUGACCGAAGCCCAGAAAUAUCAGGGCGCUCUCUACCGCGAGAAGAAGGGCAAGGGGCAACAUCCGCCAGCAACCCCAACCCCGCAAGUCGCAAAGAACGACACAAAUCCCAAGAUGGUCCAGCCUGCUUACGUCGAGGACGCCGCGGAUGAGUUCGGCUCAUGGCGCGACUACGAGCAACGCACCGACGAUGACAACCAAUCUAUCGACGACCCUCUGCCCGAAGCACCGACCCCUCCCUCAGCCAACGACGCCGACGCGGAUGUGAACGUUUUUGACUUCCUUGUCGCCAACCCCACACCAACCGCGUCCCAUGUCUCGCUUCCAGCCACGGCGCCUCUUCCCCCGAGUGAAGAGAAGCAACUAGUCCGGUUUGAUCCCGAGGCCAACGGCAUCACCGACACUCCCAAGGAAGCGAUCACUGCCAUGGUCCAGUAUGACAACGACCAGGUACCAAGCCACUUCGAGACGCCCGCACCAAGGUUCCAGCGAAGGAAAGUGAAGGAGACCGAGAAAGAUGCCAAAAAGGACAAGAAGCGGAAAAGGUUGCACAUCGAAACGGACCACAUUAUGACCGAUGCACCGCCCAUGCUACACACUGGGCUGACGGGCGGGAUCAACCGGAUGAUGUCCCGUCCGACCGUCUUCCCGCCCUCGCCGGAUUAUUCUGGGGGAGACGUCGCCGAGACACCGGCUAGCCCUCUCAAAAAGUCCAAGUCGAAGCAUACCCGAUCCAGCAAGCCGGCCGAAUCGUUGGGCAACAGCUUGAUGGCCAUGAUCGCCGCCACUGCCAAGCCUAAUAAGUCUACUUCCACCACCAAGAAGCGCUCCAAGACCAAGUCCACCUCGUCGCCAUCCAAGCCGAAGAAGAAGAAGCGCUCCGGCAGCACCACCACCAAGGCCAUCGAGGCGCCCAAGGAACAAAAACUGAUCGAGUUCCGACCAGCUUCCAAAGACGGCAAGGAUGAGAGUGGUACCAUGGUGGUGUACAAACCCCGCGCCGAACAUUUCCUGAGCUUUGUCAACAAAGGCCCCGAGAGCGAGCGCGGGUGCAGCGUCAACAAGGCGCUGAAGCGGUAUCACCGUGAGAGGGUCGCGGCGGGCGUGCCGGUCAGCAAGUUGAUGGAGGAAAAGGAGCUGUGGCGCUCGCUACGGAUGAGGAAGAAUGAACGUGGGGAGAUUGUGUUGUUCUGCAUUGAUGACGACGAAAAGGAGAAUUCAUGA